AUACUACAAGCCACCGGAACCAACUCUGUCGCGUGCGAUCUUGAACACAUACUCAACUACGUCACAGUCACAAGCACCAGCGUGACGACCCGACCAUUCUCAAAUCCUCACGCUUCAACAUUAGAUCCUGUUACCGGGCCUACUAAUCAUCAGACCCCGAAGCGGCGGAGUUUUCGAAUGCCACGGCCGGGGGUCUUACGAUCGUCGCCGAAUAUUUAACUUUAUAUUAACAAUAGAGUAGCCAAUAGAGUUGCGACUAUACGUUACAACGCGAGGUGUUCAAACUACAGCUACCACACGAAUGUCGCUAUGUGUGACCUGCUGAGUUACAGCAAAGGAUUCGCCCUCUGAAAAAGAUGAAGUCCGUGUUACCAACUAAUAUAUUAGGAGGUGGUAUUCAAGCAACUAAGGUGCCAACUAGCAAGCAUGCAAUGGGCAAAUCGGGAAGGAGACACAGCAAGGAUGCCUUCCCCUCAAACUUCAAACGAAAGUGGAUGAUCUUUUCCAAGAAUAGAUUAACAACUUCAACAUGCGAACGGCGUUAACUAAGUACAAAUAGCCUGCCUAGUUCUCAGGCGUGCUGCUAGUUAUCAAGUACUUGUCAACUCGUUCGCUUUUGCCUCAGGAUUUAACUCUAUUAACAAGAGUAUCAGGUUCUAUUCUCCGCCCAAGAUGGCUAAGAGAUGGGUUGCGGCGCUACUGGCUGCUAUGCCUUGGAUGGUUGAGUCGCAGGCUGAAAAGCCUGUGUAUGCUCAUUUCAUCGUUGGCAUUGUCGAGAAUUACACCGUCGAUGACUGGAAGGCGGAUAUUACACAGGCGCAGGAAAUCGGCAUAGAUGGCUUUGCUCUAAACUGUGCUCCCGAGAGAAUCGAUGGUUAUACUCCUAAGCAGCUUGCCAAUGCAUACCAGGCUGCCGAAGAACUCGGCUUCAAGAUGUUCAUCUCUUUCGACUUCGCCUAUUGGUCUCCUGGGGAUACGGCUGAUAUCACUGAUAUCGUUGGAAACUAUAACGAUGGUGCCAUCGUGAGCACCUUCGUGGGCGACAAUAUGGACUGGAACGCAGUGAAGAGCGCGCUCCCAAACCAGAAAAUCACUGCUUUAUCUAACAUCCAAGACCCGUCAUUUCUUGCCAGUGCUCAGACUGGUUUGGACGGUGCCUUCUCUUGGUACGCUUGGCCCACUGAUGGCGGCAACAGCAUUAUCCCAGGUCCGAUGACCACUAUCUGGGACGAGCGUUUCAUUCAGAACUUGGCUGGCAGACCCUACAUGGCUCCUGUAUCUCCGUGGUUUUUUACUCAUUUCAACACCAAAAACUGGGUGUUUAUAUGCGAAGAUCAGCCUACUCGACGCUGGGAGCAAAUGCUGACACUCAAGCCUGCUCUUGUCGAGAUUGUCACUUGGAAUGAUUUUGGUGAAAGCCAUUACAUUAGCGGCAGCCAGCCGAACCACUCCGACGAUGGCUCAAGCGCCUGGGCAUCUGGCUACCCACAUGACGGCUUCCGCACGCUUUGGGCUCCCUACAUCGCAGCCUACAAGUCGGGUGCAGAUAAGCCCAUCGUUGAGUCGGACCAACUAGUAUACUGGUACCGGACUACGCCCAAGGACAUAGUCUGCACAAGCGACACGCUCGGCCCACCCAAUGGCAUCCAAUACCUCGCAGACGUCGUGUUCGUGGCAACAAUGUUGACAGAGCCCGCAGAGCUCACCAUGACAAGCGGUGGUAACGCACCGGUCACCGUGACUAUCGAUGCGGGCAUUCGCACAACAAACUUCACGAUAGGGGUUGGACAGCAGAGCUUCUCGGUUUCGAGGAAUGGGGCGAUGAUCUUGAGUGGCACAAGUGAUAAGGAGGUUACGAGCUCGUGCGAGACGUACAACUAUAACCCCUAUGUUGGAGUUUUGUCCUCUACAUGA